AUCAGCAGAGGAUAUCUACAAUAACGUUGACGUUUGUGUUGUUAAAAAAAUACAUUUAGUAAAUGAUUUAACUUUUAAAGAAUUUACUUGUUUAAGAGAAGUAUGGAGGAUGAUAAUGUGUCUGGUUGGUUCAGAUGGAUUAGCGGACUGGGCGACAACUUACUCUCUCCAUAAUUACCCCCUGAUAAGGACACAAGACGAAGCUUUUCACACAGAAGAACGCUCGGACCCCCUCCUAUGUCCUGUGUGUUGGAAUUGCUUCAAGACAAAACAAAAUAUGACAAUUCAUCUGGAAAGUGUUCACCAGAAAAGGAAAUUUCCGUGCUCUAUAUGCAGAAAAGAAUUUGCUUACAGCAACAGUCGAUUGCGUCAUGAAAAAAUAUGUAAUUCAUCGACUACAGAGCCAGCAUCAAAGAAGAGACGGACCGAGGUAAAUCCAGACCUCAACGACACGACCGACAAGAAAGUGAGAGAUGGAAAGAAGUGGAGACCCACGCCUGCGCCACGCUGGAGCUUACUUCGACUUAAACCAGCUUCUCGCCGACCGAUACCAGCCCCUCGUCGACCAAUACCAGCACCUCGCCGACCGAUACCAGCCCCUCGUCGACCCACACCAGCCCCUCGUCGACCCACACCAGCCCCACGCCAACUCACGCCAGCCCUCCCGCCGACCGUCACCAGUUCAACGACGACCAACACCAACUCAGUUAUCUUAUUUGUUGGCCUAACGGUCAAUCAUUUAAACACAGACACGAUACAGAAUACAGCAUGGCGUUCGUCUUAUACAGAGAACGAUAUUACUGUAGUAAGCAUUGUUUGAUAAUUUCAUUAGAUUUGGAGGAGUUUCAAGUCACUCGGACCAUACAAUGAACUCGGAGUUUUAAUACACAACGGGCGAUAGAGUCCAGGCUUGACCGACAGCAACAGUGAUCUUAAGUAACACGCUAGAGACAUCAUUCUGAGCAACUGACUCAGGACGAAAAGAACUGAUAGAGGAAAAUGAACUUCCGGAUGAAAAGCAAUGUGCGGUAACGCACACAUGGAGAUAACAGAAAGAAUGACAUAUGUACAACUCAUCCAAAGAGGAUGGACAAAAUGGCUGUUAUUGGAGAAAAAGUUGUCAGGUGCGGCUAUGAUGGUACGUUAAGUGUAGUGCUUCAUCAUUUAAAUAUUUCAGUGUUUCCCAUCUGUUUUGUGCCAAACAUAUAUAGCCAUUGAUCAUGAACUUGUACCAUGCCUACCAAGGAUUUAUACAAAAAUACACGUGGAAACAAGAGUACGUACGCAGUGUAUUGGCAGUUAUAUCCGAGAAGGAUGGACACGAUUAAAAAUGACAACUUUGAGGUCUUUAAACUUCUUUCUAUAUAUAUCGUUUUAAAUGGUAAAAUGAAAUAUUGAAACAUUUUUUUUCAGCAUUCACAAGUAGAUUCAAAACCAAAGCAAU